UUCAAUCAUAUUCUGAUGUUUUUAAAACAUGGCAGAGAGAAGGUAUCAUUGAAGAAGUGAUAGUGGACAAUAAGAAUGAAGGCCACUACAUUCCUCACCACACUGUCAUAAAGCCGUCUAGCACGACCACGAUGUUACGACCCGUGUUCGAUGCGUCGGCUAAAGACUGUAAAGGUUUGUCUCUGAAUGACUGCAUAGAUAAAGGCAUUAACCUUAUUGAACUCAUACCUAAGCUGUUAAUUUUAUUUAGAAGAGGAGCUUAUGGAGCGAUUGCAGACAUAGCUAAGGCUUUCUUACAAAUCUCAGUCUCGAAGAAUGACAGAAAGUAUUUAAAAUUCUUGUGGUGGAAGGAUUUUGAAAUGCAGCAAGAAGUAGUUACUUAUCAACAUAAUAGAGUUAUGUUUGGGGUGAACUGUAGUCCCUUUCUUUUGGCUGCCACAAUUAAUUUCCAUUUAGAUAACUGUGGUAACAAGUAUAGAGAAACAGUUCAAAAGUUAAAAGAGUCCUUUUAUGUGGACAACUGUACAGCCAGUUUUGAUACAAUAACACAACGUGAUAACUUCAUUUCACAGUCGAGAGAGAUAAUGGCGAUGGCGAAAUUCGACCUACGUGGCUGGGUUACUGCUCCUGAAAGAAUGGAAGGAGCUGUGAAAGACACCCACGUGCUGGGAUUGACGUGGAAUACCGAAGAGGACACUUUAUGCUGUAACAUCAAUUCUAAUGAAAACUAUAAAGGAAAAAUCACAAAGAGAUAUUUACUGUCCGUGACACAGCAAAUUUUCGACCCUCUAGGAAUCGUCUGCCCGGCGACAGUUGUACCUAAGCGCCUACUCCAAAAAGUAUGGAAAAGAAAAUUCGACUGGGAUGAAGAAAUAUGUCCAGAGCUAGCACGUGAAUUCAAGAUAUGGCAAAGUACAAUACAUCUACUAAAGAAAUGCAAAAUACCUAGACGGUUAACAGCAGCACCAAUUAAGAAGUGUAAUAAUAGCAUCCACACUUUUUCAGAUGCAAGUGAAGACGCAUAUGCGGCCUGUGUAUACCUGCGGACUGAACAGGAAGGCAAGGUGCAUGUACAACUCAUAAUAGCUAAAAGCAGAAUCGCCCCAGCGAAUAAGAAGAUGUCUUUGCCACGGUUGGAGUUGAUGGGGGCUGUGAUAGCCUCGCGACUGUACAGAGAGGUCAUUGACAGUGGACUCAUGACACCAGAAACAAAUUAUAAUUCUUAUUUUUGGACAGAUUCGACCGUAGUGCUUGCAUGGGUAAAACAACAGCGUCAAUGGAAACCAUUUGUAAGCAAUAGAGUAAAAGAGAUAUCAAGAAACUCAGAUAUAGACUCAUGGAAUCAUAUAUCGGGGGAUUGUAAUCCUGCGGACCUGCCUUCUCGCGGUUGCAAUGCAAAUGCGCUGCUCGAGAAGCGUUGGUGGGAAGGACCGACGUGGUUGCGUAACAGGCAGGAUUGCUGGCCCAUAUCAAGUUCAAUACAGGCAAAACCAAAUGAAGAAAUUGUAAGAAAAGAAGAAAAAUCACAGUCUCACGUAAACAUGUCUGUUACUGAACCUCUGUUUAGUAAGAGGUUGUUGUAUUUUUCAAAAUACAACAAAAUAAUCAGAUUGGUAGCAUGGUUACUUCGUUGGAAUCCUAAGAAGGAGGAUUUCGCCGGGGGACAUUUACCAAACAACUUCAAGACACGACAAGGCAGCGACGGUGUACUUAGAGUCAAGACAAGACUGGAACUAAGUCACGAACACAAAGAUUUCGUAAACCCGAUACUGUUAUCUGGAAAAAACGAAAUCGUGAGACGGUUCGUACGACAGCGACACGAGAUUCUACAACACGCAGGGACACAGACUUUAAUGUCUAGCAUCAGAAAUGAAUUCUGGGUUUUAGGCAUAAGACGUCUCGCAAAAAGAGUUGUUUCAGAAUGUGUCAUCUGCAAGAAGUACAAAUGUAAACAUUACGAAGUUCCAGAGGCACCCCUGCCCACAGACAGAGUGGAAAGUGUGACGGCCUUCCAGACUACAGGCAUAGAUUUUGCGGGACCGUUGGUUCUACGAAAUCAGACGAAAUGUUGGAUCGCUCUAUUCACGUGUGCGACAUAUAGAGCAGUACACCUCGAACUAGUGGAGUCAUUGUCAACAAACAGCUUCAUAAUGGCACUACGAAGAUUCAUUGCUCGAAGAGGACGAAUACAAGUCAUAUACACGGACAAUGGAACAAAUUUUCAAGGUACUGCUAACUUGUUAAAUAAUGUGGAUUGGAAGGAAGUCGAAGUUACCACAGCCGUACUACCACAGCCGAUAAAAUGGAAGUUCAUCCCGCCCGCUUCUCCUUGGUGGGGAGGAUGGUGGGAACGUCUGGUGCGCGUCAUGAAGGAAAUGCUACGUCGGAUAUUGGGAAAAGCGUCAUUAUCAUGGAUAGAGCUGACCACCCUGCUAUGUGAAUGUGAGUCGGUUAUGAAUAACCGUCCCUUGACGUAUAUAGCUACAGACGACGACACGCCACGCCCCUUGACACCCGCUUUAUUUUUACAGGGACUAUCCACGGCAGAGACACCUGAUUUAGACGUAAUCGAUGCUCACAAUAUGAACAUCAGAUUGCGCUACCUGCAGACCCUGCGGACGGAGUUUCGACAGAGAUUUAGAAAUGAAUAUAUUUCGUUACUUAUUAGCAAGAACAAAGGUAAGUCGAAAUUCCCGUCGGUAGGCGACGUUGUCUUGAUACAGACUGAUGCAGGUCGUCUCUAUUGGCCUCUUGGCAUAAUAAAAGAAUUGGUUACAGGUAACGACGGCAUAACAAGAGUCGCGAAAGUACAGACUGCGAUGGGAGAGAAGAUAAGAAGUUGUCAACGCCUCUACCCAUUAGAAUUGUCGGCAGUCACUGACGAGUGGCAUACACCUACUGUCCCUAAGCAAGGUGAGCCCGACAGUGCUGACUUGCGGGCUGGAUCUAGCUGUGUUCUAGACCCAACUGCAAACUCUCACAUUGACGAGACACCCGCGAUAACAGUGGGUGAUGAGUCACACCCCUCGUCUACCACUACAAGACACGGUAGAGUCGUUAAGCUCCCACGCAGAUUUUUGGACUGAAUAUGUGGUAUGUAGAUCCCUUUCUAAUGUGUAAUAAGCAUAUUGACUUGCCUAUAAAUUUGGUAAAUAACAAAUUUGGUGAAUCUGGACUGUGCCAGUGGUUUUGUUCUUGAAUUGUCUACGUGACGAGUGAAUUUGGAGAAUCUGACAUUUAUAUUAUGUGUAUGAUCUUUAAUUUCGAAUGGUUAGCCUAUUGGGAAAAUUUAUGACAUGUUUACAAACGAAUAAUGACCUAAUGACUUAAUAAUGAAUAAUUUGAAUGCUAUAGAUUUGUAAUUCAGUACAAACACAUUGUGAGAUUUGUUUAUUUUAACAAUUGUGACGUAGAAUAGUGUAAUAUGUAAAGUUCUAUUUCAGCAUAGGAAGACAUGUUGCACUAGCUUUUCUUUUGUAUGACGUAACCUCUUAGGAUGGUUGAUUUGUUUACCUUUACUUAACAUGUUACAACGUACUUGUAGCUAUUGUUUUGAUAACUUUGUACUGAUGUAUUACAAUUUGUAAUUUAAUAUAUUUUUUUGACAAUUUCAAUUUUGUAUUGUAAUCUAGACUUGAAUUGUUAAUUGUAAAAUGGGUCUUAUUUCGUCAUAUUCUGCAGUGGUUUUUUUAUUGUUUGUUAUUGACAAUGGUUCGGAGUUGCCUACUUAUUCCUUUCUUAUUUCGUGGUUUAGAGGAUGUUGUGAAUUAGUUGUAGUGGCAACACUAGCAUUUAUAAAAAAAAAAAAUAUAGAUUGUCAGACUGACGGAUGACAAUUGUCUUUUCUUUUUGAGACCGGGCUGCUCCGAACCCCGCAAACACGAUAAGAUUUCUGUAAUAUUAUAUUAAAUAGUAAAUACCAAAUAAAUGAUAAUACAAGUGAAAGUAAACGAGUUUAAUUGCCGAAACA